AUGAGAUCAAAGUCAUCGAGGAAGCCACUCCGAGAUGUUUCCAGUGCCAAAACUGCGAAUAAAUAUCUCUCCGUUAAGUCUGCGAAUAAUUGCAAGAAAACCCUAGAAGAAAUCGGAGACGAUUCACUCGAUCGCCUCCUUGUCGUUCACUCCGAUCUAUCCUCCCUCAUGCAUCAGAUUGAUGAACUAGUCGUCCAAGGUCUCCAAUUGCCAAGCAAGAAAGAGAAGAAAGAAUUGGAUUCAUUUGCAGAUGUCUUAUCUGAAAUGCACAUUUUAUUGAAGCCAUGGGUUUCUAGAUUCCAAAAGGUACUUUCAAGUCAAUUGACAGGGACUGAGAAUAAGUCGGAGCCAUUGGCAAGAAAGGAGGUUUCUGUUGUGAACAAAGAUAUAAGUGUUGCAGUUGAAAGCCCGGAAAAAACCAGGUGGGAGUCACUCAUCUCUCCUUCACCCCUUGUGUCCUGGCGGACUGAUUGCAAUACUGAGGGUGGUAGACAAUUGUUUCUACUCACUCCACUGCCUCGACCAAGGGCAUUCUCAUCCAAAUGUCAGGCAUCCUCUAAAUCUGCAUUUGAAAAGAUUACAUCUGAUGCAAUUGCCUACCCAUCAUCUCUUUCUCAUAAAGCAGCAAAAAAGGGUGAUGAUCAUGCGCUUGAGGAUAUAUCAGUAGAGCAAACUGAAACUGACGUUUUGGAUUUUGAAAUAACUAAAACUGGGUGCAACCUUGAGUCCGAGUGUGCUUCUCCAGCAAAGUUUUCUAGAGCGAACUGCUCUAUGCUUGUCAUGACUCCAUCCUGGAAAGUGUCACCACCCAAGUCCUGCGUAUUGCUUGAGCCAGUAUCUGAAUUUCCCAAAAAGGAUAAUCAGCGGGUCCAAAAAUCAACACCUUUUCCAAUUGAAGUUAAAAAUUCUAGUGCAUCUGCGAAGUCAGAAUCCUCCAGCAGUCCAAUGUCACAUAAUCUGGCUGUCAAGUACCCUGAGCUCUUUGGAAUAAAACUAGCUCAUAACUUCAGAAACAGAAAAAAGGGAGUAGAAGAAUCGCCAGAUUUGCUCAUGUCACCUCCCAAAACCUGUGUUAUCAUGGAGCCUCCUGAUGACAAAUUGUUGACAAAUAUAUCCAGUAAUUUCCUGCCUCCAAAAACUCCUCUACUCCAUAGUCAACAAGCACUCAUGUCUUUUAUGAAGGAAAUCGAUCAUCAAGAUGACCAUUGUGCAGCCGGAAAAAUAUGCCAGCAAGACGUUGGUAGUAGAUUGGAAAUAGUCGAAAGCACUCCUGUGGUGAAGGAGCUCGAGAGCAGUAUUCGAGUGAGAAAGCAUCCAGGUGAGAAUACAUUGAAGAAAGAACUGUGGACGAAGUUUGAAGCAGUGUCAACUCAUGGGAUUCGUUUCAAUGUGGAUGUUCUCCAAAAGACUGCUGAAAAAGGAUUUCUCGACAGAUUGGAUGAGGCUUAUUCUGAUGAAUGA